UUUGGGGCGGGUGGGAAAUAGGAGUGGUUAGGAAUGGAUUUGAGUCAUCUUGGCGGGUUAGAAAGUUGGGUUAUUUACCACCUCUCCACUCUCGAAUCACUCCAGUUCAACUUCCCCCAAUUCUCCUUAUCCCUGGCAGCUCUUGCUUAAAAAGUUAGCCCCAAAAUUUAGAAAUUCAGUCAGGCACAGAGGAAAUUUAUAGCUUGGCAGUGACCAGCGGGAUGGAUGGAGUGGAAAUGGAGGCCUUAUGGACCUUUGGGUGUUAGCAGAAGAGAUACUAGCAAAGGAAGGCUAAAAGGGGUAUGGUGAAGUGCCAAUGAUGGACAAGACUGAAAAUAACCAAGAAUGGGAAGAAAUAUUAGGAAAAAUUGAGGUGAUGGAUUGUGAGAGAAGUGGAGUUUGAUUUUAUAAUUAAAUUAUAAGUUAUACAGAGUCGGUAUUGGAGUCUUGCUUAAUAUGCUGGCUAUAUGAGCAGGAUUUUAAGAAUUUCGCUCGAAGGAAUACUUCUGAGACCCUCUUUGGAAGUCUUAGGCAAGCUAAGGACUCUCCAAGUAGCACAGAUUUUGGGGUUGUAGGUCAUUGGUUUAUAGUCUUUGAGCUUUCUUUUGGGUUUUCUUUGGAAGUGGCCAUGAAGGGGCUUGGUGGUGGUAUUGGGAUUUUUGGUGAUAGAAGAUGAACGGAAAUCAGCCCUGUUGGCUUUACCUUUGUUCAAUCGAAGAGUAUUUGUGAAUUGGACUGAGGAAUUUGGAAUUUGAGGAGAGGGCUCUGUAUCAACGAAAGACAAAUCUGAGAAUAACAGAAUGUCUUGAGAAGGAUGGUCUAGAAUGAUUUUGGAAUUCAUGAAUAUAAU